AUGGACUAUAUCGAUGAGCCAGAUGUGCAGAUGUUGUCAAAAACUUGGCAGAACGUGCCACAUGAUCCAGAAAGAACAAUUAACCUCUAUCGGAACCUAUCCCGCAUUAUGCUUUCCUUGAGCCAGAUUCCAUUGCCCCGGAUAGGGGCUUGGACGAUAGACUCAAACGAAGUAUUACAACUUUCCAAUCGGCCUCCCACUCUUCGCCUUCAUCAGUUGGAAAAUGCUGGUGUCCCGACCAACAUCAGCAGGGAUUUGACAUAUCCAUCAGCCGAUUCAUAUUACUUAGAUAUUUUGUCCUGCCACGACAGCCGUAUACGGCACCAGCCGAACUCUAUCGAGGAUGAGGAAGACGGGCGUGCCCAGGUUGCGAAUCUGAGCAUCAUGCGGGCGCUGCUGCCUCAUUUCACCAACCGAGAAUUCCGCCAAGGACCGUUCUUCUACCGCUUCACAGAACUGCACCCAAGCAAUAUCUUUGUCGACGAUCAAUGGCAUAUCCAAUAUCUAGUCGACCUUGAAUGGACAUGCUCACUUCCAGCUGAGACCUUGCGCCCUCCGUAUUGGUUGACCGGUCAUACUAUAGACUGUCUUCUUGAUGAAUGCCUGGCCACAUUCAGCAAAGAACAUGACAAAUUCAUGGAAGUUUUUGAGCAGGAAGAGAAACAAUUUCCGCCUCUAUUCAAUACCUGCGCGUUCCGCACAAAUUUCAGAAAGGGCUGGAAAGUUGGAAAUUUUUGGUUUUUCCACGCUUUGGACAGCACCAAGGGCCUAUUCAACCUUUUCCAAGACCAUAUUCAGCCAAAAUUUGCGCCAUCUCAAGUCGAUCACCCAUCAGACUUCUCGAGAAUAGUAUCCGAGUACUGGGCUGUGGAUACUAAAAAUGUCAUGGAGCAAAAGCUGAAAGAUAAAGAGGCUUACGAGAACGAGCUACGUCUGCGUUUCCAAAAUGCACCUAACCGCACAUGA